AUGCAGCUCGAUGACUGGGGCACGUAUCGCGAGACACUGCUCUACGCACGAGAGCUGGCCGUGCUUCUCCCGUCGUCGUGGAGUGAGUUGUCGAGUGACAAGUCAGCGACAAAGGCUUCUUCGUCGCUGCCACAUUCUGGUUCAUUGCCGUCUCUUGCGCUCGUGAAGCAAGUGGAAGUGCCUUUGCUGACGCAGUGGAUGACGGCGGCGGCAGCAGUACCCAUCACUUGCCAUUGUAGCAGUGCAGGAGACGGUGUCGAAGUUAUGGAUCAUGCCACUGCCGUCGUAGCGGCGCGUUGGACGAGGAAUCUGGGCAUGUGGAUUGCCUUGCGAGUAGAGUAUCUGUGCAUCACAAGUGGGGGAGUGCUGACCCUCGAGGAAGAGAACGAAGUGCAGCGCUACAGGCAGUAUUUUGUGCCCGUUGCGUGGCCGAUGCUGGAUCUACGCAUUCGAGAGCGACUCGCUUCGCGUCUGUGCGCAUUGGCAGAGAAACGAGGAGCGAGCCAGUCAAUGGGCGGCACCAGCUGCACCAGUGACAUGGCUGCCUCUUCCUCCUGCGUCACUCUUCUCAGCAAGGAUGAGGAAGGCGAACAGGCGUGUGAUGAAGUGUGCACGCGGGCUAUGGAGGCUACCCAGCGUGUGGCGCGCGAGCAGCUCCGCAUCAGCUGGGACGCGUUGCACCCCAGCAGUAUUCCUGCUACGGUGGGCGCGAAGCUGAAGCGGCUUUCCGCGCAGCAGAGUCGGCACCAGAAAUCUGAAACCGACUCUUUAACGCGACCGGUCGUAGUGCACACCAACUGUCUUGGUGGCCUCCUAUACGCGUUGACGCGUUUUCGGCUGCGGCCGCAACGGCAACAUGCAGACCACGACUCGGCGCCAUGGCUGACCUUAACGCACAAUGCACUUCUUCACAUUGGCUACGACCUACUCACCAAGGUGAGGUCGUCCGUGAUAGAGCGCUGCUACUACCUUAUCCCCGCCCUGCUCGACUAUGAGUCGUGCUUACUCUUGUGCGAGGCGCUGCUAAAGGAAAGCGCUGCAUUGCAGGCGCACGAGAAAGAACUGACGAGGACACAGAGCAUCUUGCGGCUCACUCUACAGAGUUUGCUGCAGUGUGCCCUUGGUAUGUAUCGGCAUGCCAUUGAGGCCUUGUUGGUUGACUACAAGAAGAAUGCUUGCAAGUCGUCUGCAGGUUCUACUCCACGACUUGUGAAGGUGUCAGCACCUCUGUCGUCCGCGAACCCGCUUGUCGCUCAAGAACCCGCACAAAAGCAGUACGCAUCCAGUGCCGUCGUUCCGUUGGAACCGCCAACCCGCCCGGGUGCUGCUGAUGGACGCAGUGCAUCAGCUGUGAUGCGGCUCUCAGAACCAGCUUUUUCUAUCUUGGUGGAAGUGCUGGAGCCAACUUGUGAUCUACUGCAACGCUACCCCGUGGACUGGAAUGUCCUUUCGACCAGGUUGCUCACAUGCCCCGAUGGGCGCGACCAGGGUGAGGCUUUUGAUGGCCACACAGCAAGCGGAGGGGGACUGCUCUCUCCUUCAUCCCGCAGGCAGCGCCUGGUGAGCCAGCAGCCACAGCGCUCUACUGCCGUGGAUGUGCGAAGAGAGGUAGUGUCUUUUCUUGAUGCAGAGGUGCCCAAAUGCUUUGCCGCUGCUGCGGCAGGGUCUGGAGCGGCCGCCAAAAAGGCGCAGCAGCAGGCAACCACAGAUGCAUACCUUACGGCCACGUACCUCUCCACGUAUGGACCACACUGGCUAUAG